AUGGAACGUGUACGCAGAGUUCCAGUGAUUGCAAACAUAAGCGACGAUGUGCUGGUCAGUUUUAGAACAGUCACGGAAGAAACUACUAAAACAUUUCUAUUGUAUUUUAGAUGAUCAUCCUCGCUCAGAAGAUAGCCUACGAAUUCAUCCUUGAUAAACUGGUAAGAAAACAUCUUCAAAAAAGAUUGGCAGCAGUUGCUUUGCUUCUUUAGGAACAUGAGCCCAACGGACCGCAAUCCCUUCUUUACGCCAGCUUUCUCUUCAUUCGCACCUUCUACGAUCGGAUCUACGUCUUGGGACUCCGUCCGCGAAACCCCGUUGAACAAGAGGAGAUUCUGCAGCUUAUUAACGCCUUGGAAAUGUACUUCGAGAUGAACAACCACCAGAACAUGCAAAUGUUGGUCAACUGGGCUCAAGGAGAAAUCGAUAUUUUUCUCAACUAA